AUGUAUGCAGUAUGUAUAUUCCUGGACAUCGAAAGGGCUUUUGACAAUACUCCCGUCGAUGCUAUGUGUGAAUCUGCACAACAGCAUGGAAUAGAACCACUUAUUACUAAGUGGAUAGAAUCCAUGCUUAAGGAACGCUCCAUUUUGGGACAGCUCAAUGAGACCAAAGUAAUCAAGAGUGUUCAACAGGGAUGCCCACAAAGCGGGGUUCUAAAACACCUUGCUAUGGUGUCUAACUUAGUACAACAGAGACUUAACACUAUACAGAUAUGGUGUAGUAAGUACGGUCUAUCUGUUAAUCCAAAUAAAGCAGAGGUUGUUAUGUUCACUAGAAGGAGAAUAGAACUAGACAGUCUUGAUACUCUUACUCUAAAUGGACAAGAAAUUAGCUUAAAAUCGGAAGUAAAAUACAUAAGUAUUAUCUUGGAUAGUAAGCUUAAAUUGAAAUCACAUGUUGAGUCAAGAAUCAAAAAAGCAAUGACCACAUUGUGGACUUGCAGCAUAGCCUUGGGAAAGACAUGGGGUCUUUGGUAUUGGUUGUACACUUCAGUAAUUAUACCUAUGAUAUUGUACGGUGCCCUAGUCUGGUGGACCAGAGCAUCACUCGUUACAGCCAGGAAAGAACUUAGUCGCAUACAGAGAAUGGCUGCUACGGCCAUCACUGGAGCAUUAAGAACUACACCAACGGUCGCAUUAGAGACACUAAUCGGAUUGCCUCCUCUGCAUCUAGAGGUUAAAGCUCACGCCAAAGCCACAGCACUAAUAUUCCACAACUUAGGUAUGUGGACUUUGGAGAGUGACACAACAGAACAUAGUAAAAUACUAAAAGAGAUAGACCAGGGCUUUUUGGAAUACCCCUUGUACUAUAUCAAACCGGUUCUUAAGAAUAACAUUCCUUACAAAGUGGUGAUCACUACACGUAGAGAAUGGAAUAUUAACCACCUGACUAAAAAAGGAGGAUUUGUGAUAUAUACAGAUGGAUCCAAAAAAUCAGGAAAGGUAGGUGUUGAAAUUUGGGGUUUAAAGCCACGAAUAAAUGUCAGUAUGUCAUUGGGCACAACACCAUCUGUUUUUCAAGCAGAGGUGAUGGCGAUACUGGUAGGGGCUCAGAACCUGCUGAUAUACAAAAAUAGGAAGAUAACUAUCUUAAAUGAUAGUCAAGCGGCUUUGAAAGCACUGUAA